UUGAAGAACAAGUCCAUGUUGUGAAAAAUGUCAACUUGUGAAAGUUUCUCUUUGCACAUUCCUUUCAAGCAUCCAAACCAAAGUUUAUAGUUGGUGGUCUACAUUACUCUUUGUUGUGUAAUAAUCUGGAACGAUGGCCGGGAAAUUUCAUCUCUCUAUCUUAUUACUGCUUGCUGCCUUGCUGCUCCAGUUGUUUGAUACAACAGCGUUGACAGAUAGCGAUGAUUUUGCUGGGCUGCAGGCUCUGAAAAGCAUCUGGAAAAACACACCACCAAAUUGGGAAGGGUCUGAUCCUUGUGGAUUGGGUUGGGAAGGAAUCAGCUGCGCUAACAAUCGUGUCAUCUCUAUUACAUUAGCCAACAUCAACUUAAGUGGCCAAUUAUCAUCAGACAUUGUGAAAAUAUCAGAGCUGCAGACACUGGAUUUGUCGUACAACAAAGGCAUGACCGGACCACUUCCUCAAGCAAUAGGAGAUAUGAAGAAGUUGUCGAGCUUGAUACUCGUAGGCUGUGGAUUUUCUGGUCCAAUUCCAUCCUCGAUAGGCUCUCUGCAGCAGCUGGUAUACCUGUCACUUAACUCAAACGGUUUCAUUGGAGGGAUACCUCCUACAAUUGGCAAGCUAUCACAUCUCUAUUGGCUGGACUUAGCUGAUAAUAAACUUACUGGAACGAUCCCCGUUUCUGAUGGAACUUCACCCGGUCUUGACAUGCUUCUCAACACAAAGCACUUCCAUUUCGGAAAGAAUCAGUUGUCCGGUGAGAUACCCUCUGGGCUCUUCAACUCCAAUAUGACCCUUAUACAUUUGCUUCUUGAGAACAAUCUGCUUACCGGAGAAAUCCCCUCCACGCUGGGCCUUGUGAAGGCUCUGGAGGUUGUGCGGCUCGACAGAAAUUCUUUAAGUGGGUCGGUUCCUGAAAACCUCAAAAAUCUCACACGUGUGCAGGAGCUGUUCUUGGCAAAUAAUAAGCUGACUGGUGUUUUGCCAAACUUAACUGGCAUGGAUUUACUCAACUAUGUUGACCUAAGCAAUAACUCGUUCGAUGCAACUGAUGUGCCUCCGUGGUUUUCAUCUCUGCAAUCUUUAACUUCACUGAUAAUGGAGAAGACACAACUUCAAGGACCACUUCCACCCUCCAUGUUUAGCCUCCCCCAGCUGCAGACUGUCGCAUUUAAGAACAACCGGAUCAAUGGCACCUUGAGCUUUGGUUCCAACCCCAGCAGCCAACUGCACCAGAUUGAUUUGCAGGACAAUCUCAUUGAUGGCUUCACACAACGAGCCGGCCUUAAUAUCCAAAUCGUGCUUGUUGGAAACCCGAUUUGUGAUGAAGGCGUCACAGAGAGCUACUGCAAGAUUCCCGAGCCUUCUCCCCCUACGUAUACAACGCCAUUAGAGAAUUGCAAUCCUCAGCCUUGCACUGAAGAUAGAGUCUUCAGCCCCAGUUGCACAUGUGCAUAUCCUUACACGGGAACACUCUUCUUCCGCGCUCCUUCCUUCUCCAACUACGGGAACUCAAGCAUUUUCGCGUCUCUUCAGCAAAACAUGAAGGCCUCAUUCAAGUCACAUGGCCUCCCUAUAGAUGCUGUUUCUCUCAGCAAUCCAACUAAGAAUAUGGAUAACUACCUACUUCUCAGCCUGCAAGUUUUCCCAUCCGGCCAAGACUAUUUCAAUCGAACAGGGAUCUCCGCUAUUGGAUUUAUGCUAAGCAACCAAACCUUCAAACCACCAAAGGAAUAUGGUCCCUUUUACUUCAUUGGCAACAGCUAUCCUUAUUUUGCAGGACUGCAAGCUUCAUCGAAGAAGUCAAGCACCGGCAUCAUCAUAGGAGCUGCGGCUGGUGGCAGCGUCCUAGUGCUGUUGUUACUCAUGGCGGGAGUUUAUGCUUACCGACAGAGGAAAAGAGCUGAUACAGCUGACAAAAAGAAUGAUCCUUUUGCUGCGUGGGAUUCAAAUGCGAACAGCGGUGGAGUUCCACAGCUGAAAGGAGCAAAGAGCUUUUCAUUUGAUGAACUUAAGAGAAUCACAAAUAACUUCUCAGAACUCAAUGAUGUUGGAAGUGGAGGAUAUGGAAAGGUAUAUAGAGGAACUCUACCAAAUGGACAACUCAUUGCCAUCAAAAGAGCUCAGCAAGGAUCAAUGCAAGGCGGCCUUGAGUUCAAAACUGAAAUCGAGCUUCUGUCAAGGGUUCAUCACAAGAACGUUGUGGCUCUAGUAGGUUUUUGUUUCGAGCAGGGUGAACAAAUGCUCGUUUACGAGUUCAUCGCAAACGGCACAUUGAAGGAUAGUCUCUCAGGAAAGUCAGGAAUCAGAUUAGAUUGGAUGAGGAGACUGAAAAUAGCCCUUGGAGCAGCCAGAGGGAUCCAAUAUCUGCAUGACUUAGCCAACCCUCCAAUCAUACACAGAGACAUAAAAUCAAACAACAUCUUAUUGGACGAGAGACUAAAUGCCAAAGUAGCAGAUUUCGGUCUCUCUAAGCCUAUGAAUGAACCUGAAAGGGGUCAUGUCACAACUCAAGUUAAAGGCACAAUGGGAUAUCUGGAUCCCGAAUACUACAUGACACAACAACUGACAGAGAAGAGCGAUGUGUACAGCUUCGGGGUGCUGCUCUUGGAGCUUCUAACUGCAAGAAGUCCCAUUGAGAAGGGGAAGUACAUAGUUAGAGAAGUGAAGCAGGCCAUGGAUACUGGCAAGGAAAUGUAUAACCUCGAGGGCAUUCUUGACCCGAUAGUAGCCUCAAGCCCGUCUCCCAGAAGCGUGGAGAGAUUUGUGGACGUAGCUCUGAGGUGUGUUCAUGAGUCGGGCGAGAGCAGGCCACAUAUGAGUGAGGUGGUUAAAGAGAUAGAGAACAUCAUGGAAGCUGCAGGGUAUAAUCCUAAUGCUGAAUCAGCCUCAACUUCAGCAAGUUAUGAAGGACACAGCAAAGGCUCUAACCAUCCUUAUAGUAAUCAAAGCCUCUUUGCUUACAGUGGAAACUAUCCCCCUUCAAUGCUGGAGCCUAAGUAGGAUUACAUUAUGAUCAAAAUCCGUUGAUUUUCUGUAAAUUUGUGUUAAAAUACAAGGCUUUCUAUUUAGCUUGUCAUUUUCUAGCAGCGUUGUUUGUUUGAAAGAAUUGUUCAAAUUGCUGUACACAUUUUUUUUGGUUUGAUAACUGAUAAGAGAUUGCAGUUUUGAAGCAA